AUGAACUCUUCUAUGUCGCCUACGUGGCUUAUCUGCGCCACAUUUUAUGUCACUGUGGCUGCUCGUUUUAUCGCCUAUCCGCUGCCAACAAGUAAUGCUGUAGCUGGCUACGAUAAGGCAAAUGCUUUGCCUACUCUCCCUCCGGGAGCGGUCGAUCUUCGAAUCAGAGCCGAUGAGAUCCCUACCUACACCAUAACCUACGCCUCAGACUCUGUAUGCGGCUACCUCUCCGGCUCUGUCCAAAUCCCGAUUACUUGCGAGAAUAAGAAUCGCUGUUUAUGGGAACUCGAGUCUUUCAAAUACCUCGCUUGUGAGAUUGACGGCGAAACAACUGGAAUCGCUCAUACAAAAUGCUUGGCACGAGAUGAGGCUCUGGAUCCUAAUCUAUGUGAGGAUGACUGCGUUAGUAAUACUUAUAACCUGCUAUGCACAAACGAUACUCUUCCAUAUUGUCGAACCUACGCUUUCCCCCGCGGUGUCCGUGAUUAUCGAUGCGCAUCAUUGCCACCGACGAGGGUGUCGAGCGUCGACUUUACCUAUAAGGGACAGAAAUAUCCUAACUUCACUAUAUCUACAUUUGUGGAUGUAGACAAAUCUCUGUCGAUUCCAGCCACGUCUUCGAUUUCAACUACCACAGACGCAGAGCCAGCUGCUGCAAGCACAACAGAUACGGAGCCAGACAAAGAGAAGAAAGGGCUAGACGGAGCAGGUAUAGCUGGGAUAGUUGUAGGUGUAGUGUUUGGAGUUGUCUUUUCUUGCGCUGGUAUUUUCUGUCUUCGUGAGAGGAGAAAGGGGAAGAAAACACAAGAUACUGCUACUCUGUCGGAAUCGCUUCCUCUAGGCAGUAAGAGGAAUGAUAUGGUGGUGAGACAGCAGCCCGUUGCAGCGGAUGAUGGGCCCGAGGUUGUUCAUGAAGCUGACACUAGCAGAUAG